AUGCGACUCCAACAUCAGCAGGAGAGAAGGAAAGAGUUUGAGACGAAUCUUUUGAAGACAGGCCUUGAACUGGAAACUGAAAAUAAGGAUGAUUCAGAAGACGGGAAAACUUACUUCACAAAGAUUCACGCUCCUUGGGAUGUCUUGGCCACAUAUGCAGAAGUUAUGCACAUUAAAGUGCCUAUUAAAGAAAAUGAUAUUCCCCAAGCGAGAGAAAACCCAUUUGACUGGAUGUUGAAACCAUUUCAACUGAAUUCAACAAUAAUAAACCCUGAACCAGAUUACUUCACAGCGGCUUUCAGUAAACAGCGGCAAGAGCUCUUCCUCAUUAAUAAUCCAGAGACUUUUUUCUCGCCCUCUACUCGCAACCGAAUUGUGUAUUACAUUCUCUCUCGAUGCAAGUAUGCGACAGAAGAAGGCAAGAGGAAAUUUGGGAUUAAGAGAUUACUCAACAAUGGCACAUACACUGCAGCUUUCCCACUUCACGACGCACCACCUUCAGACUAAUAUUUGGUGUUUACGUUUGAAGUCAGCCGUGUUUGCCUGGAGCUUUGAGACCUUCUGCAUCAACAAGAAGACAGCUUUCCAACUGCAUAUGAGGAUCUGACUGCUGUACACGAAUGCCACCUCUCCAGUUUAUCUGCCCCUCUACACCUUCAUCACAUUACAUGUGUUGCAACUAGAAUUCAUUGAAAGUAUAAAAAGGGUACUUGGGACAAAAGUUAAGUUGAAUCAGGCCAUCAGAUUGCGAAAGUUGAAUUGAAGAAGUCAACACUUCAUCACCAUUACAU